GUGCGCACCCAGUGAAUGUGUGUACUGUACGCUUCCUGUUAACUGCGCUCUUGUUAGCUGCUCUUCAUCGACUUUACGCUGGCUGCGUGUGAACCCCUGAGUGUUUAUAUGUCUGGGUUUAUGCCUGGAAUCAUUCUCGCAGCCCUUAUGACUCAGGGCAACCAAUGGCUCGGCGAGACAUUACUUUAAAUUGGAGGCUCGACCCUAAGUGACAGUGUUUUCUGCAGCCUGCACGCCACUAACGCUUCGUAUCGUUGCAAAGUGAGGUAAGAACGGCCUGUAGAGAACAUGGACAGAGGGUGGUCCAUUGGACACGAGAGGAUACUCUCCUCUAAAGCCCAGCAGUCACUGUCCGGCUGCAGCAGUGUGUCUCGGCCCUGCUUGACUAUAAACGUGACCGAAAUGCUUCGAGCUGAUAAGCCCGACACCGUUAGGAAGCCUGUCCCCAUCCGCCCGCCGAGCCCCAGAGUCACUCGGCCCAAAGAACAAAACUCUCAUCGCUUCCUCACCUGUGAGCCCACCCCAAAGCCCAUCAUCCGACAACGUUCACGGUCUCUGCCCUCUGCCACCCAGAACAAGAAGAAGAAGCAGAGCAGAGGCCCUGGCGUGAGGUUUGUUGACUCUCUGGGACUGGACCUGGAAGACGUCAGGGUUUUUAAAUCUGGCGAGGACCCGUUUGUGCCACAACAUGUUACCUUUAGGCUCCUGAUGGGCGCUGAGAUGACGGACGGAAGGCACCUGGAGAUUAACUUGCCGUACCUGAAGCCGGUUUUCGCUCAGCAACCCGGCGACCAGCCGGGGUUCCUGCAUCGGCUCAGCGAGCAGAAAGUGUGUCUGGAGAGGGUCUUGUGCUUUGAGCUGGGCGUCAUCGGAAUCACGCAAGUCCUGAAUUUAGACUUUGAGAAAGAAGUUACAGUUCGGUAUUCGUUUACGGAGUGGAAAGGUUCUGCAGAAACGAAGGCCUCCUGGGUCUCCACUGUGACCAAGACCUGGGAUGGAGAAGAAGGAAGAUGGCAGGAAUUCAGUUGUGAUACGUUUCGUUUCCACCUACCAGUUCCUCCAUCCCUUCGACCGGGAACUCAGUUGGAGUUUGCCAUUCAGUACAGAGUCCGCGGGGCGGAAUAUUGGGAUAACAACAACGGAACCAAUUAUAAAUUAGUCUGCCAAAACUACAAACUAACUGUCCCUAAAGAAUGUGAAGACAGCAUGGUGCAUUUCAUUUAGGAUGCAGAACUCAUGAAAAAUGUAUUUUGAGCACUUGAUGUUUAUUUGUGGCAACACAUAAUGAGAAUUUUUACUGAUGAGAUGUUGAUUUAAGCACUACUAACAAAACUAUGUUAGAUUAGUCUACAAGCACUUUGAUAGAUAGAUAAAGAGCACUAGGUGACCACAAGCACUAAGGUAUAUGUAAAAACACCUCACACUGAGCGCUUUAACGGGGGAAGAGACCUGGCUGGAUAACCGAUUGAAUAAAUGAUUUUAUGCAAUACAGGGAUUUAGUUUGUUGCACCGUCUUCCCUCAGUAGGCUAUACAUUUUUACCUGGAACCCAUUAAACAAAAUGGGGUCCAGUGCACUUUACUGAUGAAGAAAUUGAAAUGUUAUAUUUUGAGAUGCACCAAUUAUAUUUCUCUGGCCAAUAACAAGUUCAAGCUUACUUUGUAAGUCUAAACUGUCAAAAGCAUGAAAGAGGAAAAAAGUGGUUUAGGUUUUUGAUAUAUGUAGUAGUUCUGAAUUUGAGAGGUAAUAAACAAUGAAAAUAUUAUC